UGACAAUUUCAAAAGAAAUUUUCGAGAUUUGAUCCAGCAACACAAACCAGAAGUGGUGGCCCUCCUGGAAACAAAAGUCGAACUGAAGUCCAUGGGUAUGUUCUUCAAAAACCUUGGUCUCACAGCCUCUACACAUGUUGAUCCGAGCGGAAGGAAAGGAGGCAUUUGGAUCCUCUGGGAUCCCUCUAAGGUCUCCCUAAAUACCACGUUAACGACACCACAAGCCAUCCACACCACGGUUCGCAAGGAUAACUUUGAAGAUUGGAUAUUCUCUGCGGUCUACGGCAGCCGAAAUCCUAGAAUCAGAGAAAUCUUGUGGGAGGAACUGGGCAGCCUAGCUGAUACCAACCAAAAACCAUGGCUUAUUGCAGGAGAUUUCAAUGAUACUGCUGAGGCAUCUGAAUCUAAAAGCAAUGCCCCUGAUACUAGUGCUAGUCAGAGAAGAAAAUUCAUGGAUAAUAUCAAUAAAUGCCAACUGAUAGAUCUAGGAUACAUGGGGGCAAAGUACACCUGGACGAAUGGAAGAUUAGGGUUGGCGAAUGUGCAGAAAAGGCUGGACAGAGCUCUAAGCAAUGAAGAAUGGAGAUCCCUCUUCCCGGAAGGAAAUGUCAAAUUGAAUACGAAUGGAUGCUGGUAUGAAUCGAAUGGAACAGGAGGGUUUGGAGGACUAUUCAGAAAUCAUAUGGGAGAUUGGAUUAUGGAAUACUAUGGUAAGCGAAGCUUUCAUUCAAGCUUGGAGGCAGAGCUAUGGAGUACAUACAAGGGGCUGGAAGUCAUACUAGAAAGGAAGCUGGAAAAUGUGAAGAUUGAAUCUGACUCUCUCGUAGCGAUGAACCUCACCAUGGAAGGAAACCCAGGCAAUCACCCUCAGAGUGUGCUGAUCAAUGAAAUCCAUGCCCUCUUGACUCAGACUAACACUACGAUUGGGCAUAUCUCUCGUUCGGCCAAUCAAUGCGCCGACCACCUUGCCAGGAUGGGUGCGGAACGCACAGAAGAGCUCGUGUUUGUUAUGGACAUGCCCAUCGCGAUGAGGGAAUUUGUAAUUAGAGAUAGCCUAAAUAUCAGGCAAGUGCUUGACUAGGUUGCGAGUUCUUGUGCUCUAGUA